AGUAAUUUUCUUAUCGUGGUUUUAUCUGCCACCUGCCGGUUGCUAGGGAGUAACUGCCACGUUGCUGUAGAGACAGCAGACUUAUUAACGGCUAACCGGGAGGAUGAAGUUUACACUUCUCUUCAGUCGGUGGAGGAGGGCGGGAAACUUCACGCUGCCAGACUCACACACAACACCUGUGUGACAGCUUUCCUUCAGGUGGAGCCGCUCGCGGACUGUAAACAUGUUGACUGACGUGAUUUUGGAGGAAGAGUUUGACACAAAUGGAGAGUGUUGGUACGACCCGCAGGACCUGGAGCACGAUCUCCAUUUGGCAGCGGAGCUCGGGAAAACCCUCCUGGCCAGGAACCAUGAGCUGGAGCAGGCGCUGCAGCAGAUGUACUCCACCAACCAGGAGCAGCUGCAGGAGAUAGAGUACCUGACGAAGCAGGUGGAGCUGCUGCGACAGAUGAACGACCACCACGCUAAAGUGUACGAGCAGCUGGACGUGGCCACCAGAGACCUGGAGCAGAGCAACCAGAGGCUGGUGCAGGGCAACCGGCUGGCCCAGCACAAGAUCCACAGCCUGACAGAGACCAUUGAGGGGCUUCAGACCUACAUCGAGGACCUGCAGACUCAGGUGGACGAGCUGAAGACCGCCCAGAAAGAGAGGAACAGAAGAGAGCUGGCAGAGCAGCGACGCAACCUCGGAGCUCAGAGUGUUUCCUGUCUCAAAGAGCUGUACGACUUACACCAAGACAGACAUGCAGCCCCUGAUGGCGUGCGCGUGGACGGCCUGUGGUCCCCGCAGGGCUCUCUGUGUGAGCGGGACCGAGGCCAGGACCCGGAGGAGGAGAAUGCGGCUCUUCAGCGAGCCAUUCAGACGCUCCAGAGCCAAGUGGCUGCAGAGAGAGGCCGGCGGGAGGCGGCGGAGCGUGAGAGCCAGCUGACAUUGAGGGAGAACUCGGGCCUGGAGCAGCGUCUGGCCCUGCUGGCCGGCUGCCGGACACGCCAGAAGGAGCUGGAGGCCGAAGUGGAGCAGCUCAGGCUGCUGUGGAGAGCCGACUGUGCCAACAGUGUAAGGAGGGCGGAGCAGCUGCUGUUGCCAGAUACGAUCUUCUUCCCCUCAGAGGAGAGAGCUGGUCAGGAUGAGGAGGAGCAGCAGCAGGAGAAGGAGGAGGAGCAGAGGAGACGCAGCAGACAGAGGUCUAACAGCGACAGCGUCCUGAGAGGAACAAACCCAGAGGAGUUCCUCCGAGGACACGAUCAGCUGUGUAUACGGAGAGCAGAGGCAGUGAAACAGAGAGGAAUCUCUCUGCUCAACGAGGUGGACGCUCAGUACAGCGCCCUGCAGGUGAAGUACGAGGAGCUGCUGCGGCGCUGCCAGCAGGAGGACGGCUCCAGCCAUAAAGCCGUGCAGACGUCCAACAGUCCGUUUGCGAGCAGCCGGACACGCCGCCGCCGCUCCUCAGCAGCCGCGUCUGAUCAGACUGUUGUCCUGGAAGAGCGCCAGCAGCCGGAGUACAAGGCUCUCUUCAAGGAGAUCUUCACCCGCAUCCAGAAGACCAAAGAGGACCUCAGCAGCAACAGAAGUCCAGCCGAGGACAGAGACGUCUGCAGCGCAGCAACAUGAUUGUAUUUUACAUUUUCCUGGGACUUUCACUCACUUUGACAAAGGAGAAACCAGGAGGUUGUUUUAGUAAAAAGAGAGCAGAUGCAGCAUCUUUGACCUGCUGCAAACCUCUUGGAACGCCUGCCAAUGUAAUAAUGCCCACGAACAUAAUAAACCAUAAACGUAAUAAAAAUCUAAGAACUAUAUUUGGUAAUUUCGGUGGAAUAUUUUGAGACAAAAGUUGGAAAUUUACUAGAUUAAAGUGGCAGAUCUACAAGAAAAAAAGUUGGAAAUUUACUAGAUUAAAGUGGCAAAUCUACAAGAAAAAAGUUGCAGAUUUACUAGAUUAAAGUGGCAAAUCUACAAGAAAAAAAAGUUGCAAAUUUACUAGAUUAAAGUUGCAAAUCUACAAGAAAAAAAGUUGCAGAUAUACUAGAUUAAAGUGGCAAAUCUACAAGAAAAAAGUUGCAAAUUUACUAGAUUAAAGUGGCAAAUCUACAAGAAAAAAGU